AUGCGACCGUCGGCUACGCGGGCGCGACCGAAGGCGCUCCUGCGGACUCUAACUACCAGCAAAAAGAACAGGCCUUCCUCGACGCCAACGAUCUCUCCAAGUCGGUAUUUUAAUGAAGCUACCCUACCACCAUUUCCCGACUAUGCGACCAUCAUUGCGCGCCGGCAGGAGCCUCCUCGCGCUCCAGAAACCGCAGAGCCUGCUGCAGAGUCUAGGCUUGAGAAACAAGAUGCGAUUUCUGCAGCUCCUUCGCCGCAAGUAGAGCUCGGCCCGUCGACGGAUGUUCAGAACUCCAAACUUCAUGUGGUGGAAACUCGAACUCAAGCUACAGAAAGCCAGACGAGUACGGCGUCUACACAAACGAAUAUAGAGGAAUUCGAGUCUGCCAGCGUUUCUCAGCGUCCUGUACCUGAGAGCGAAGAACCCUCCGCAAAAUCGAUCUCCACUGUGUCUCCCAGCUCGGCGCAUGUAUCCCAUACUGCUGCACCUGAGACGCCAGUGAGCACCCAAGAUCAAGUCGCACCGGAGCCUUCUCUCUCCCCUGGUCAGCCCCGAAGAAGUCCCAAAGACCAGGAUUGUGAUGCGUUGGGCCGCGCAGGAGCGCCUACGUUGCAGGCGCCUGACGUCUCGGCUGCGCAGAGGAAGCGGGACCAACCACCGUCGCUGGCUCUUGGGGCUGUUGCGCAGCCAGAUCAACCUCUGUCGCCAGCGUCGUCCGUUGAACCCUAUUCCAACAAUACUCCAGCUCCCGCAACGGCUUCUCCGGACACAAGUCCGGGCGAGGUAGAGGAUUCGGAGGAUCAGAUAGUCAAGCCAUCGAAGCCUACGUACCAGCCAGAGACUUCUGUUCCAGAGCCACGGCCAACUUUGGUACCGUCCACCCCAGAUGAGCAGCUCAAGCUCGAGGAGGCACAGUCGCUCCAACAAAGCCAACAGAGAAUCUUGGCUGCAAGCAAAACAAUCGGAGAUCGCUCCCAGCCUGGGAACAACCCUUUGUCAAAUCAAGUGAUCAAGGAAGAUGUAGUACCAUCAGCCCCAUUGGCGACACCAUCUGUGGACCAGAUGGACGUCUCUAAAGACGAGUCGCCCUUGCCAUUGGAGAAGACUGUAAAUGCUGCCCAGCCCUCCAUGGAAACAAGCGCGGCUGGACCGGGUCUCUCUGAGAAUGCCCAGACAACUGCAGUGGCGGAAAAAUCUAUUCAACAGGCUCCUCCAGCGGCUUCAGUGUCGAGUGUCAAGAAACCUUCACCUGUUACGCCAGUACCAACCACACAGCCUCCGCCAGAAAGGAUGACAACGAGGGUUUCUUCUGGUGCCAUACGCCACAAGUCUGUUUCAGAAAUCCUUGGGGAGACCCCUAAGCCCUCGGCUACGCAAGUAGACAAGGCCUCUGCAGCUGCGGCCGUCAACGAGACUCUGCCGUCUGAGAAAGGCUCUCCUGACCCAGCAGCGCGAAUCAAGCAGAGGAAAGAGCGGGAAAAGGAGCGCACCAAGCUUUCGACUGUCGUCUUUCCCAAGCAACAGGCAGAAAGAAAUGAAUCCCUGGAUCUGGUGCGGCAAAAUGCGGGCGACUUGACGGCUGGGUUGAACGAAGAGCAGGACUAUCUGUUCACGCUCUUCCAGAACAAGGCGUAUUCGCCCCCUCGUAGUAUGCACCUCAGUACCCUUCUUGCAUCUGCCCACAAGACCUUGACUACCUCAAAUCACCUUCUCGACUACCAAGAGCAAAUGGAUUGCCGCACCCUGCGACGCAUCUAUUCGCUUCAGAAUGCCAACCGGUGGCCACUACGCCAGAUGAAGCGGUCUGUGGAACCCUCACGGCAAUGGACCCAUUGGGAUAUUCUUCUGGAUCAUAUGAAAUGGAUGCGGACAGAUUUCCGGGAGGAGCGAAAGUGGAAGAUCGCGGCCGCAAAGAGCUGCGCUGAUUGGUGUGCCGAGUAUGUCAAUAGUGAUGCAGAACAACGAGCCCAACUUCGCGUUCCUGCACGCAUACCUCCGCCGAAACCAAAGGUCGUGGAAACCCAGGAGGCCGAUACCGUUCCACCGUCUCAGGAGGACCCAUUAGAUGAAAUGGUCACUGUUUCCCAUCCGACACCAGACCUUGUUCCUUCAGCUGAAGAAGACUCCGUCAGCGAAGGGUUUGCCGAAGAGCCCCGGCCUGAUCUACGAGAUACGAUUGCUCCGGCGGCCAUCUUCUCACUGGGAUCGGACGAGUUUACGUUCUCCAUGGACAUGACUCCCGCCGCCGAAAAGCUACUUGACGAACUCCCCAUCUACACUCCCGUCAAGAUAUCUCCGGACACGAAUACGCCGAUGUUCAAAUACCAGCCGGACGCGGAUUGGAAGACGGAAAUCCUCCCUGUUUCAAAAUAUGCGACUGGUCGCAUUCGUUUCCGCGAUGAUCAGCCCGUCAGGAAACGUAGCAGAGCAGACGAACGUGGCCCUUUUCCGCCCCGAAAACAAGCACAUUCGGGAUCGCAUUCAUCCUGGCCACUCUUUCCGCCCCCCACGGAACAUCCGAUGCCCUCAGUAGGGUUCUUCGAGUCCAGGCAAUCCUCACAAUGGACAAUUGCAGAAGAUGACGAACUCCGCCGUCUGGUCAAGGAAUACUCCUACAACUGGUCUCUCAUAUCUAGCUGUCUUUCAUCUCCGUCGUUGUUCUCAUCAGGAGCCGAACGAAGAACUCCGUGGGAGUGUUUUGAGCGGUGGAUCGGGUUGGAGGGGCUCCCGGCUGAUAUGUCGAAGACUCAAUAUUUCCGAGCUUAUCACCAGAGACUGGAAACGGCCCAGCGCAAUGUGCUUGCUCAACAGCAGCAGCAACAACAACAGCAACAGCAGCAGCAGCAGCAACAGCAACCACAGCAGCAACAGCAGCAACAGCAACAGCAACAACAGCAACAGGGCAAUAAUGCGCAGGCUCAGCAACCUGUUCGGAGAAGGACAACCCAACCGAUCCGCGUCGACCGUCGGCGUUCUUCUCGACAUCUUGCUCUUCUGGAUGCCAUGCGUAAAUUGGCAAAGAAGCGUGAGACUAUGCUACAGAAGCAGCAGCAAGCCACACACCUUGCCUCCCUUCGGAAGGUCAACGAGGCGAAUCAGCCGAAGCCUCCGAUCUCGUCUCCGGCCGACUUCAGCAAGCUGAAGCAUGAACGGGAGGUGAAACUCCAGGAAAGGCAGGAACAGUACCGGCAGCAGAUGAUUGCACAGCAACGAGCAAAUCUAGCUGCUCAACGUGCCGGACAAUUGUCGAACCAGCAACCCGUAAUGAACGGCGUUCCUGGUCGCACUCCCAACGGGAUGCCAUCUAAUGGCACGCCUCAGGCAAUGCCUGGACCUGUGCCGAAUGGCAUGCCCAAUGGGAUGCCUCCUGGAGUAGGUGUGAAUCAAGGUCGACCUCAUCCCAUGCAGGGAAUGCCGAAUGGUGGUCCUGUCAAUAGCCCUAUGCCGCCUAAUGCAAUGGCCAUGAAGAUGAUGCCUCAGCCGGGAAUGCAACAGCCGAUGGGCGCGCGACCUGGGAUGCCUAUGCAGGCAUCUCCUGACAAUGCUCGGGUAAUUCGAGAGGCUAACAGGCUCCAAGAACAACAACGAAUUUUGCAGUCCCGCCAACAGCAGCAACAGCAACAGCAGCAACAGGCUCAACAGGCUCAACAGGCUCAACAGCAGCAGCAACAGCAGCAACAACAGCAGCAGCCGACACAGCAACAGCAGCAAUUUCACAACCAGCAGCAGUUCGGCCAGCAGGCAUCUCACUCGCCCAAUGUCAAUGUGUCCGGCGUGAGUAGCAAUCCGAACAACCCAGCAAUGAUUGCUGCAAUUCAGGCUGCAGGUGGGAUGCCAAGUCCUUCUUUCCACAAUGCUGCCGGCCAGGGAGUCUCGUCUGCUUCUCCUCGCAUGGGUCAGCCCAACCACCUGUCUAGUGGCGUUGUUCCAACGAUUAGCAGCAUCCAGAACCAAAUCCAACGGAACAAUCCAAACAUGCCCCCUGAACAGGUCAACAAGCUGGCCACCGAGCGUCUGCACCAGUUCCAGCAACAGCAGCAGCGUAUGUCCCAGGUCGCCAUGAAUGCUGCGGCAGGCAACAUUGGUGCUGUGCAGUCUAACUUCCAGAUCCCGCAUGACGGCAACUUCCAGGCUAACUCACAGCCGGGCAUGCCUAACGGGGGACCGGCGAUGCAGAACCCUCAAGCGCAAGGCUAUUCUCCUAUGAUGCGUGUUCCUCAGCCCAAUCAGCAGAACCGUGUCCCUGUUGGCAAUUCCCCCUCUAUGAAUGGUAACGCGCUGCCGCCGCAACAGAGCCGGAGCGCUACUCCCCAGACACAGCGAAGUAAUAGUGUCCAGGCGGGUCCCGUUCCUGGUACCAGCAAAAGUCCCCAUCCUCCUCCAGCCCAGAUGGCGAGCAACUAA